ACUUAGGAUAAACAUUUCAAGAAUAAUAUUUUAGUCAAGCAAUAAUAUUUGUAAAUGAUUAUCUAUUACAAAUUGACUUAUAUUAGCAAAACCAAAGCUUUGCUAGACUUCAUGGGAAUCAUAUUAGCAAAACCAAAGCUUUGCAAACAUCACAUGAUAUCCAUCAAAAAAUAUUUCAUUGCAGCCAUGAAUCCUUUACUCUUAUACUUGUUCCAUUUCUUCUUCACUCUCUUUACUUCAAAAGCCUGUUUUUCCUCACCCACACAAUUACCAAUCUCCUACUCUGAUCAAUGUAACUCUUAUGUUCCUGAAGCCAUUCCUACUGAUACAAUGUUCACCAGCUUCUCACUUCUUGAGCCUGCAACUAGCCAUUACACCGGCGGUCAAAACAUUCUUGAUCAAGAUCCACCAUUACAAUGGUCCAUCCUCUUUCAAACCAACGGUAACCUCUUCAGGACAAACGUUAUUGACACGUACAAAAUCCAGGCCCAAUUAAGAUUCUAUUCAUCAUAUACAUAUGAUCCCCCCUCCAACUUCACUAAUAUCAUGUCAAAUUAUACGCGCCAUUCGUUGGAGUUCAAUUUAGAUGGGUUCUGGUCAGCGUCUACAAGUAAGCUUUGUAUGGUUGGAUCGGCUCAUUGGUUGACAAAACAAGGUAAUCCACUUACACUAAAAGCUGUUCUUAAGCUUAAAUUUGCUCACUUCAUAAAUUUGAAUAACAGUUUAGUAAGUGGAAUCUUGGAGAGCUUAGCUUCUCCUAAUGAUUUCGAUUACUUUGUCCCGAUUUCAAUGUUGGGAUUCCCUAUAGUGGAUCUGUUAAAAUACAAGUAUACAUUGGUAUCUAAUGAAGAGUGUAAUUUAGCUAUAUCUAAAACUAAACCCGUGCAAGAUUCGGUAACUAGCAUGAAAUCUCUAGAUAUAUGUUCAAUUUUCACGCAAGUAUUCAUAACGUACAAAUUGAAGUAUCCAAAUAAUUGCAAGAAUUGUUCUUUAUUUGGUCAAGACCAUGGUAACUUGCCUGCUUUCAUGUCAUUGUACGCGAUUCAGUGUUCUCGGGAAGACAAUAAACUUCGCUUUCUUGUCGAAUUUCAAGAUAGAAGGUUUACUUCAUAUGAUCUGUCUUUUCAACCUGGCAUAUCAUUAAUUGGAGAAGGGACUUGGAAUGAGAGAAAAGAUGAGUUGUGCAUUGUUGCUUGUCGUAUCUUGAACCAAAGUGAUCCUUUGGGUAGUGCUCGUGUUGGGGAUUGCUCGAUUGGGUUGACUUUGUGGUUCCCGGCGGUUCGCUCAAUCAUGAGAACACAUACCACAGAGGGUCAAAUAUGGACUACCAAACUGACAGAUGAUUUGGGGUCGUUUAGAAUGGCAAAUUUUCAAAGCUUUGAUCAUAGCGAGGAGAGCUAUGGGGCGAAGUAUAAAUAUACACAAAUGGAGAAAGUAAAACGGGUAUGCCCGAAAAAGAAGCAUGUAGGGGACAAGUAUAGAUUAGGGUAUUGUAGCUUUGGCAUGUUUGUCAAACAUAAUAACAUGGUUUCGAGUGGUAAGGCAGCCUCAGUCUUUAUGGGAAGUCGGGGGCUCAAUGAUUAUUUAGUCGUGAAUCCAAACUUCAGUCCAUGGCAAGAGGCAGUACCCCCGGCAACAAAUAUUUCAACGAUGACCUACCGUAGAAGCUUUGAAAUCAGUUUCAUGUUGAACAUUAGUUCCAUUUCAAGAAGCAAGAUUUCGUCACUAAGUCUAUCCUCUACUGAUGAUGAUAGAGUGGAGAUAUCAGCAGAAGGGGUUUACGAUGAUGAAACGGGACAACUUUGUAUGGUUGGCUGUAGAAGCUUGAAAAAUGCUUCUUUUGACUGUGAGAUUCUGGUGAGAUUUCAAUUCCCACAAGGCGAGGAAAGUUUAAUAAAGGGUAACAUUGAGAGCCUACGUGAAAAAAACGAUGUUUUGUACUUUGAGAAUCUCGAUACUGUUUCCUUCGCAAUCAGCGGAACUGAAGCAAGAGAAUCAAGAUGGAGAGUGGAUUUCGUCAUUGUUUGUGGAGGCUUAGUGUUUGCAGCGAUCGUUUUCUUGCAGCAACGUUUUGGUGGUCGGUUUAUGUUUCCAAAGUGA